CUCCUGGCAAAACGCUGUUAUGGCGCUGCCUUGUGCGGCCAGCACAGCACCCGGUCCCUCACCCCCAGACCCACUCUGCCACACCUCCUGAGUAUUUUACAUCUGCAUCUCUUCAAUCAGUGUUGUUCCUUCAAAUAUUUAGCAUCUCUUCAGUAAAGGUCUAAGGGUUUAUUUCAAGCUGUUGUCAUUGUUUGGUGUCAGUGGCACCUGUGGCACUCUCAGCUGGGGGACGCAAGUGUGGGGAUGGGUCUUGGUUCUGACACUGAGCCACCAAGAUGCAGGACCUGGCUGAACAACAGCUGUGGUUUCUGUAGUUGAUGUUGGCGAAAGGUACCAGCAUGAGUUGGUGGGGGCAUCAGGGCUGCCAGGUUCUUAGCUGCUGGCUUGAGUGACUUUGGCUGAACUCUUGAACCUUUCUUGCCCUCCAGUCCUUGCCCUAAAAACAGGUGUAAUGCUUGUGUGGUGGCCAGCUGACUUUGGUGGAAGCUCCUGAAGUGCUGCGGGGGCAGCCAAAGCCAACCCCCCAGUGCACAGAGCAUGACAAGUCCUGACACGGCCCGUUGGCCGCUCGUGCAAGGCCACCUCGCCUUUAUCAGCUCUCUUGCUGCUUGCACUCUUCCUGGCCUGUCCUUUCUCCAGCAGAAAUGCGGAAAAACCAGUUCUGUGGUUAAUUGCUGCACUUCCCUCCACGCCCAUGGGGCAGGUCUUCUCCUCCUCCUCCUCACUCACAGCCUGGCUGCACUUCAGCCUCUUCGUCCUUGCCUGCGCUCAGCCGGCUCAGGUGCACCGUCAGGCCUCCACGCUCCUUCCAUUAACCUCGCGGUUUCUCCUGCCUUCCCCUUUUUACACCGUCUGCAAGAGCUGCUGGCUCUCUGGUGGUUCUUUCUUCCUUGGGCAACCCAGUGGGUUGGGUUGGCCCACAGGUGCGGAAGGUGCAGGCAGCCGCCUUCCCGGCCCUGCCCUGCCCUGCCCUGAGGAGUAGCAUUGGACAUGAUGGCUGGAGGACACGAGAGAAGUAUGAAGGCUCUGAGGGAAGUGUGGAGAAGAGCAGAAAACUCUUCAUGCGCAGACUGUGGGAAGCCAGAUCCUGACUGGGCAUCCUCUACUUUGGGUGUCUUUAUAUGCCUCAGCUGCUCAGGAAUUCACCGCAACAUCCCGAGCAUCAGCAAAGUCAAAUCCCUGAAGAUGGACCACUGGGAUGAUGCCCAAGUGCAGUUUCUGGCCAAACAUGGGAAUGCUGUGACUAAAGCCACAUACGAAGCUCACAUCCCUAUUUACUAUUACCAGCCAACCUACAAUGACUGCCAAGUGCUGAGAGAACAGUGGAUACGGGCCAAAUAUGAACGCAAAGAGUUCACCGAGCCGGGAAAACAGCUGCCAUAUUCUGAUGGGGUAAAGGAAGGCAUCCUCUGGAAGCGAGGUCGAGACAAUGGGCAGUUCCUCCCCCGCAAGUUCGUCUUGUCUGAGAGAGAGGGGUGUCUGAAGUAUUUCACCAAGCAGGAUGCCAAAGAACCCAAACUCAAUGUUAAAAUAGAUGUCAUCAAUGCUACGUUCCAGCCAGUGAAGAUUGGAAACCCCAAUGGCCUGCAGAUCACCUAUCUCAAAGACAAUAAGACCCGGAAUAUAUUUGUCUACCAUGAAAGCGGAAAGGAGGUGGUAGACUGGUUCAAUGCCAUUCGCUCUGUGCAGUUCCAUUACCUGAAGGUAGCAUUUCCUAUUGCCAGCGAUAAUGAGAUUAAAAAUCGGCUGACAAGAAGCUUCUUGAAGGAGGGAUACAUGGAGAAAACUGGGCCCAAGCAGAAAGAGGCUUUUAAGAAGCGCUGGUUCACCCUGGAUCACCGCAGGCUCAUGUACUUCAAGGAUCCUUUGGAUGCAUUUGCUAAGGGUGAAGUGUUUGUGGGCAGCAAAGAGAAUGGCUAUAGUGUCCAGAAGGGAUUGCCUUCCGGGGCACAGGGAAACUUCUCUUGGCAUUAUGGCCUCACCAUUGUCACCCCUGACCGGGAAUACCUCUUCACCUGCGAGACAGAGACUGACCAGCUGGACUGGAUUGCAGCUUUCACUAGUGUCAUCAACCAGGCCAUGACACCACAGGAAUAUGCAAUUGAAGCCUACUUCAAGUUUAAAUCCUAGGAAGCCAGGCGGGAACCUUGCUAUGACUUGACUCUACUUGGCCCCGUUGGAUGGGCUGUCAGGAGAGGAGAGAUUGACAUCCAAGAAACACAAUGCUCUUGAAGCACCCUUCAAAGCACUUUCCUUCCCCAUAGAUGGUCCACUUUGUUCUGGGGGACAAAUUAAGCUGCUUCCUUUCAAGUGCAAGAUUAUGUGAGUCUUAAACCUCGGUGCAACCUGUCACUGUUAAAUUGCUGUGAUCUGACUGGAUGCUGGCAGGCUUUGCCUGUCAGUUGGACCUUGAAAACUUGUCACUUGCUAUGUUGGACAUGGGACCUAGUAUUGCUCCUGCAUGAAGCUGCAGACAGCCACCUACCUUACGCAAGAAAACAGCUGCCUGCCUGGAGCUACGCCGCAGCAGAUUGCAGGGGCUGCUGGGCUAGGAGAGACAAGAAACAGCUUCUCUGCUGGCAACAGAGAUGUGAAACAUUUAGAUAUUUGAUCAGUUAGAGCUCUAGUUGAGAAAGGUCACUUAAAAGACAUAAUCUAACAACCAAAUGUGUGGCCUGUUUCCUCCUGCCAUGUGUGGGCUUGAAAGCUUCUUUGGACCACAUUUGUGUGGAGACCUUCCUCCAAUUGCUACAGAGAAUGUUAACAGAUCUGCUCAAAAACAAUGUGUGUGUAUACUUGUGUGUGUGGGGGUAAUGUAUAUGUGUGUGUAUGUAACAAAACGUGGUGGAAAGUGGCAUACUGCCCUAGGGAAGAUACUGUAGGGUAUAUUCAUGCCAUUGAAGUUCAACUGUCAAAUUGGAGUCUCUAAUCACACCAGUAGAGAGAGGCUGGGUCUGGCAGAGAGCAUCCUGUGGCAUGUCCGAUGCAGACUUUGGACUCUCUGUUGACUUUACUAGAGCGCGGGGGUUGAUGUCUGAAGUUAGUAACACUAACUUUGCUCUGUUCCUUUGUUCUCUUUAUGUCAAAGGCCUGGCACUUUCAUUCUGCCCUACACAUUACAUAUGUAUAUCUUGUAUAUUACAUAAACAUACAAUUUUAUGCAGUAAUAGGAAGUCUGUAUGUUCAUGUCCUUCUAGUAACAGUUAACUGCUGAAUCAACUCGUGAUUCCUGUCUUAAAGAUCAUGUCUUAAACGUCUCCUGGGAGAGCUGUAUUUCACAUGAUGGAAGGACCAGCUGACUUCUGCUGGUGACACUGUAGAAUCUGAUGUGUCUGCAGUUUUACACAGGCAGUGUGAGAGUGGGCACCUAGUGUGUUAAGGGGGAGAUAACUGGAAUUAAUGAGGUAACUAGUAUUUUAAUUAGCUCCUAAAGAAAUGAAUAAAAAUAAUCCCUUUGUAAUUUA